AUACGGAGACAAGUGAAAAAAUCCAGAAAAGUGGAGUUCUUCAGGUGUUCGCAAGUCUGUUGACGCCACAAUCUUCCUGCACAGCAAAAGUAGCUAACAUCAUAGCAGAAGUAGCCAGAAAUGAAUUUAUGCGGAACCCCUGUGUGGAUGCUGGGUUAAUCCCUCCUUUGGUGCAGCUCUUAAACUGCAAAGACCAGGAAGUAUUGCUUCAAACAGGACGUGCCCUGGGCAAUAUAUGCUACGAUAGCCAUGAGGGCAGGAACGCAGUUGACCAUGCAGGUGGUGCACAUAUUGUAGUAGACCAUAUAAGGGCACUGUGCAGUAAAACAGAUCCAGCCAGUGAGAAGCUCUUGACUGUCUUUUGUGGCAUGCUGAUGAACUAUAGCAAUGAGAAUGAUACCCUGCAGUCACAGCUUAUCAAUAUGGGUGUUAUUCCUACAUUAGUGAAAUUGUUGGGUAUUCAUUGCCAAAAUGCAGCUCUGACAGAGAUGUGCCUUGUUGCAUUUGGCAAUUUAGCAGAACUUGAGUCAAGUAAAGAGCAGUUUGCCUACACAAACGUUGCUGAAGAGCUUGUGAAACUGUUCAAGAAGCAAAUAGAACAUGAUAAAAAAGAGAUGAUUUUUGAAGUUUUGGCUCCGCUGGCAGAAAAUGAUGUCAUUAAACUGCAGCUGGUUGAAGCGGGCUUGGUGGAGUGCUUACUGGAGAUCGUCCAGAAGACUGUGGACAGUGACAAAGAGGAGGAUGUUGCAGAGCUUAAAACAGCUUCUGAUCUUAUGGUUUUAUUAUUGCUUGGAGAUGAAUCCAUGCAAAAGUUAUUUGAAGGAGGAAAAGGCAGUGUGUUCCAAAGAGUACUUUCAUGGAUUCCUUCCAACAGUCAUCAGCUACAGCUUGCAGGAGCACUGGCUAUUGCAAAUUUUGCCAGAAAUGACGGAAACUGCAUCCAUAUGGUGGAUAACGGCAUAGUUCAAAAGCUGAUGGAUCUGCUAGACAGACAUGUGGAGGAUGGAAAUGUGACUGUGCAGCACGCUGCACUGAGCGCUCUCAGAAACCUGGCUAUUCCCGUUGUAAAUAAGGCUAAGAUGCUAUCAGCUGGUGUUGCAGAAGCUGUAUUGAAAUUUCUCAGAUCAGAGAUGCCCCCUGUUCAAUUCAAGCUGCUGGGAACAUUAAGAAUGUUAAUAGAUGCACAAGCAGAAGCAGCUGAACAGCUGGGCAAAAAUGUAAAACUGGUGGAACGAUUGGUGGAGUGGUGUGAAGCCAAGGAUCACGCAGGUGUGAUGGGAGAGUCCAACAGACUACUUUCCGCACUUAUACGACACAGCAAAUCAAAAGAUGUAAUUAGGACCAUUGUACAGAGCGGUGGGAUCAAGCAUUUAGUAACUAUGGCAACCAGUGAACACGUAAUAAUGCAAAACGAAGCUCUUGUUGCGCUGGCACUAAUAGCAGCUCUAGAGUUAGUCACUGCUGAAAAGGAUCUCGAAAACGCUCAGCUUGUUCAGAUUCUACACAGACUGCUCUCAGACGACAGGAGUGCUCCAGAAAUCAAAUACAACUCCAUGGUGCUGAUCUGUGCCCUUAUAGGAUCUGAACCUCUUCAAAAGGAAGUGCAGAGCAUGGCAUUUCUAGAAGUCGUAUCAAAACUCCGCAGCCAUGAGAACAAAACUGUUGCCCAGCAGGCCUCGCUAACAGAGCAGAGACUCGCUGUAGAAAGCUGAGGAAGGUCUCGUUUCCAGCGCAUCCCGUCACAGAAUCACCUUUGUCCUCCGUCCUGCUGCCGCUCCCACUCUGUUUUCCACUGUAUCACUUGUGCAUGCGUGUAAUGUUCCCACACAAAUCGAUGAACUGCUGUAGGUACCCAUCCAAAAAGGUUUCUACAAAUUCAUAGGUGGUGUUAACAUGAACCUGCCUCCACCCGUAACUGUUCUACUUGUAUUCUUGUUGCUUGGGCCACGUAGUAGAAUGUGCAUGUUGUAGUCCUAUGAUGAUGUAGAAGUGGUACUACACAAUGUUCCUCACGCCCCUUAACUGCGUAACGAUGUACUACUAAACUAGGGACAAUACAAGAGGCAGCAAGUCCAGGCUCGUGUGCUGGCUGUAGGAUUAAGAAGUAAAUCUAGCUCCAUUUUUGGUGCUUUGGAGAUUCAGGUUUGAAUGCAAUGUGCUGCUGCUCAUUCACUGGUCUUGCCUAUUAAUGUCAAACUCGUGGUACCUAGAGGUAACAAAUAAAAAUUUCAGUGCUCUCACUUUA